UGUCCGACGAGUUUCGUGAAGGUCGUCCAAAAUCGACUGACCCUCGUACACUGCUGCCCAAUGAAACAGGAAAUGGAUCGAGAACAAAGAAACGCCGCAUUUAGAAAAAUAGCAUUGGAGAAGCUACAUUGUGCGCAUAGCCGGUCCCAUAAAUUAUCUUCGAAGUCGCUCGUAAAACUGCAAAAAUUGGACUCUUUGUUUGAAGAUCAAAAUAGACGGUUGAAGUCUGAUACUUUGGUUAAAGUGAUUAGUGAAGUAAAUAAAUUGAUAGCUGAGAUAGCUGUUUGGACGGAAUUAGAGCAUAGCAGGAUAGUUGAUCCCAAACAGCUAACCUCUCUCAAAACAAUCGUUCAAUCAGCACCGUUGCAACAGUCACCUUCGGAUGCUUCAGCAUUAUAUCCGCAGAAAGAUUUCACCCCAGAGGAGCGCUAUGUUCAUGAAAACUCAAGCAAAUGUCGAAGUGAUAGUUUAAAUGCAGAAAUGGACAAAUUGUUACUUAAAGAAAUAUCCCAAAUAGCUUCUGAUUAUGAUGCUGAUAAGUGUCCAGCUAUAAAGAAUAAUGAUAAUGAAGAAAGGUUGGCCUUAAAGUAUCCGCGGAAAAAAAUAGACUCCAUCGACCAGCCCGCUGCUUUUAAGAUUCCAGAAAUUCCAUCCAAAAGAUCAACCGCUCCGCUAUAUUGGCGGCGAGAUCAAAUAUUUUCUAAACCAGAAGCAGCAAAAACUUACGGUGAAUAUAAGAGACAGCAGCAGAUGGCGGCAGCUGCAGAAAGACAAAAAGCAUCAACUUCACCAAUCCAAGAAGACAAGUCUGGCGGUGUAUUCGGUUCCUCUGGUGUGCGUGCUGUAAAGCCCGCAUUUACGUCAAUUCCGGUUGAUAGGUUGCUGCGAAACGAAAUCGAUGUAUCGAGAGAAGUGGCUUCAGUUGUAGGAGGAAAAGAAGCGACUACUUCAGUGACUACUUCUUCCUCAAAUAAUGUGCUCGACGCAUCCAUGCAUCGUAACGAAAACAGUGUUCGUUUAGCCCAUUCCGACAAACGGGAGUCACACAUUUUCACGACACCAAAAACUACAUCUGGGAAAGCAGCGUCCUCUAGUGCGCCACAAUCGGACGUUUCAGAGCAUUUCAAGAACCUGGCCGAGGAAAACACGCGUGAAAUCACAGACAAGUCUACCACAAAGACUGAUCCACAAAAGAAGAAUCAAACGAAAAAAAAAGUGUACAAUAGAGAGCUAAACGAUAUAAUUUUGGGGGCUGUAGAAUAUGGAUGUAACUCUCGCAGAAAGCAAGAAAAUGAUAAAUUAAAAAAUGUAGUCAUGCAACCUAAAGGUACCCAGGAAUCCGAAGGCCAUGCUGGCAACACAGAAAAACUUUUGAAUAUGCAAAAAAUGUGUAAGGAUUUUCGAAUUGUUUUGACUAGAAUCGACGAGAAUGAUUUGCCCAUCGCCCGAAGAACUCGAAGCAAGUCUACGGACAACCGUUCUAAUUUUGCGCUACAUAAACCUGCUGAAGAUUGUACUAUGCAAGACGAUAUGCAGUCGCGGAAGGCUCGUAGGAAAAGUGUGGAUAGUCGUACGCAACUUGAAACCAGCCGAACCUCCCAAACACUAACAAAGGGACGCAAGAACAGAGCCAAAAGCAUGUGGUGUAAAAGAACAAACCAUAAAGAUACCGGGAAAAGAGCGAACUCGUUCAAGAAAAAGAAAGAUGUUUCUCCUAUUAGAAAGUUGCACGAUAAUUCUUCGAACAAGCUCACCGAAGACGAAGCCGAUCGAGACAGUAACAUGUAUCUUUCAGACACCGAGGAUGGUGCUAUUAUUAUACAGCCAUUGACAAAGAAGUGCCGUAAGGCUAACGAUAAUGAUAAAGUACAUUGCCAAAGUAAAUUUAUGUUUAAUUGCUGCCUCUGUGAAUAUAGUGGAAGCAACAUGGUCGACCACUACGUAAGCAAGCAUCCCGAUCAGGAGGUGUUUAUCAGUCGCGUUUCACCUGACCAAGCAGACGUAAUAAGAAAGCAACCAUCAGCCCUACACGGAAAAUGUGUCACUUUGGGUCAAGUUCGGCGGUCCAUAUCAUGCAUAUGCUUUUUUUGUGAGAUUGUCUAUGUUUUAACACCGAAUGAAUGGAUCGAGCAUAUUGCUCGUCACACAGGAGAGUUUGUGUAUUGUAACGACAGCAAAAACAUGAUAAAUGUAAAUAGCGACAUUGAGUUUAGUUCUAAUCACAUGUAUGCUCACAUAUGUGAUAGAUGCAAUUUUGUGCAAGUAAGCUCUACUAAUAUGAAGAAACAUUUCUCUACGCAUCAUUCGAGCGAUCACCAGCACGUUGAAGAAUACAUUCGAUUUAGUUUGGUAAAUUACCAUACUGAAUCUGAAGGUGAACACGAUGAGCUCCUUGAUGCUAGUAUCUGUACAAAAUUGGACUCGGAUCUUAGCUGUGAUAUAGUCAACCUACCAUUAUCAGUAAAUGGCGUUCCGUACGACAUCGAAACAACCAUUGCAUCGCAACAGCCAGCUUCGGAUUUGUGUUACUUCCAAGAGUCUAUAGUAAAAGAAGAGGUUCACUUUGAUGAAUCGUUAGAAGAGGACAAUCGAUUUGGAACGGAACGGAACUGUAACGGAAUGUCGGUGCUUCAGGAUGUUGGAAACGGCGAUAACUUCGAUAGCCAUUCGAUGGUUUCGGCUGAUAGUGGACGUACAAUAGACAUGCCUGGUAUAUCAAAUGUCAAACCUGAUAUUGCCACUAUUGAAAACGAUAUUGAUGGUCAACCAAAUGAAAAGGAACCAUUGAAUUACGAUUCCGAUGAUAGCAGGUGCACGAUUCCCAUGGACGAAACGUACUUCAACGAAAGAACAAAAAUUAAAGUCGAAGAUGCUUUGGAUGAGCAAAUUCCGUUAAGUGCAGACCAAAGUACCGAUAAUUGUAGUGGUAAUCAAAGCCCAGCGAUCCAAACUGCGGAAGAUCGAACCACCAGUGCGAGAAAUGCUCCGUUAAUUGAACCCCAUGAAGACGAAUCACAGUCAGCUACUAUGGAGAUUCAUAAGACCAUAGUUUGUACGGAAGCGUUUGCGAUUAGAAAAAUUGAUACAAACCUAAUCUACGUAUGUCUUUAUUUGGGCUGUUGCAGUGUGGCAUCAAACGUAGACAAAUUACGACAGCACGUAGAGACAAAACAUGCGCAUGAUAAAUGGGGUGGCUUUUGCCAUACGUGUUGCAGACUUGUUAGAAACACAUAUAACAGCCCACCUUUAUUCGUAGUUGACCAGCUCCAACAUUUUUUGGAACAACAUACAGAAUCAACCAAGACACAGAGCCAACAAAAAAUCCGAUUGCGGAAGUUGCCUGGAGAUUUGCUUUCUGGAGCUGUGGAGUAGAUGAAACUGUUGUAUCUGGAAUGUACCAAGCAUUAUAUCGCGCAAAAGGGUUGCGCAUCUAGCGCAUCAAAAUUGCAAUAAGGGACCUGGGAGAAAUAAACAAUGUCCGGGUAUGCCAAUGUUGUGGCUGGACUCAGUACAUAAACAUUGUGAUUUCGAGUGCAAGCAUUGCUUUUACCGGAGCCACGAAGCUGAAGCGGUUUCGUCCAUCAACAUUCUUGUCAUAACGCCGAAGAAUCAUUGUUUAUAGCUCGGAACAAGCUGCAUCGACGCAAAGGAGCAUUACCAUUACGUUCAUGUAUGACAUGCUAAACAAAUGUUUUGUCGGUACACAAGCGGAAAACAGAUCAACGGGCUGUCUAAUCAACGAUUAAUGUUCAAAAUUAAAUCUAUUAAUCAUCUCUUAAUUUAAUUGUUCGUUUUAGUUCAAACAUUUCUAGAAAGUUGUAAUAAAAUUAUAAGAAAUAAAAAAGGAAGUUACAAUAAAUUAUCUUGGGCGUCGAUGAAGGACCGACGCAGACUCGA